CUAUGUAACUGUUUGAAUGAUAUCUAGCUGAUGUUUUCCUGUUUUAGUACUUUUUUUUUACUUCAAUUUGAUGAUGUAUUUUAUUUUAAGCUCCACUGCCCUCCCCAGUGCGUGAUGCGUGUGGACAUGAGCCGGAGCCACAGGAGGCAGUCGCUGCGUUCACGUGUUCACGCACACAAACUCAGUCACAUGGAGAAACAGAGGGACACACGGGUGGAGAACCUCUCCUCAUUAACUAAUGGGUGGCAGCACACACACACAUAAUGCAACUGCUUCUCUUCUCCGUAGCAUAGCCCAAUCCACACGCUGGUCUCUCACCACUGUCAUCUCUCCUCAUUGAUGAAGUGAAGCGUGCUGCCGGUGGCUCGUCUCUCCUCUCCUGGAUUCCAAAGCAUGGAGGCUGUGGCACUUUUCUCCUUCGCCGCAUCUGAAGCGGACGAACUCAGCUUCCAGAAAGGGGACAUCGUCAAGGUGACAGAAAUGGAGGAGGAUUCUUGUUGGUACACAGCAGAGAUGGAAGGCAAAAGGGGCUACGUGCCGCAGAACUACAUUUCUCUUCUGCCUCAUCCGUGGUUUGCGGGCCCGGUGUCGAGACUGGAGGCGGAGCGGCGUCUGCACUGGCAGGAUAGCGGCACGUUCCUGGUGAGAGAGAGUGAGUCAGCCCCCGGAGAGUUUUCCGUCUCUGUUAGCUAUGGCGACAGGGUGGAGCAUUUCCGAGUGCUGGAGGGCGGCGGUCAGUACUGCAUCUGGGACGAGUCCUUCAGCUCCCUCAACCGGCUGGUGGACUUCUACAAGACUCACAGCAUCGCCGUGGAGAAGGUGGUCCGCCUUCGAGACCCCCCCUCGGAUGUGUCCCUCCGCCAGGAUUCCCGCACUGGCCGUAACCCUUAUCCUAACCCAUACAAAAGCACCUCUCUGGAGUGCCUCCCUUCGGCCCGCCUCCACGGCCCUCACCCCUUGAGAGAGUCGUCCUCUGUGCAGCUGCUGGAACAGGUUUUGGGGAAGCCGCGCCUGGCUCAUGCCCUGUGCGACUACGCCCCGCCACACACCGCCCACCUGCAUUUCCUGCGCGGUGACCUUAUCGACCUACUGGACUGCUCUGGCUCGCGGUGCUGGAGGGGCCGCUGUCGCGGGCGCGUCGGCGUCUUUCCGCCGCAGUACGUCCAGCCGCUGUAUCAUUGACAACAUCAUCUCGUGUCAGUCACGACAGAGCUGCAUCACUGCCACUGAAACAUGGCCUGGCAAGGAAUCAAACAAUACAGUGGAACCUCUAAUGUCAAAAUAAUUUGGAAAUCGACCCAAAUUUCAACGUGGGCUGUGUGUACCCUUUUUUUUUUUGGUUUCGUUUUGUUUUUGUUUUUUUGGAGCAACAUUAGAACGUCGUGUUUUAUAAUUUCGCUUAUUUUUACACUUCCACUUUUUGCAAUGUGAACAGAUUGCGGUCAAACUUUGGAGGUUCCACUUUGUGGUGAAAAUUUAAAGUUAUACAAUCACAUCUUUUGCUUCUCUUCUCUACUGUCUUUGGCUUUAAGAGUCAUUCAGAAUUCAUCAUUUGAAUUUUAUAUGCUUGAUGUUGGGCAGUUCGUCUCACGAAGAGUUUCUUGUUUGUUUUCAUGCAAUUGAAGUUUGCAGUAUUUGCACAUGCUUUAAACUUUUGAAAUGAUCUAAUAUGAUGACCAAGUCGCAGACGUACACUUUAAUAAUUUAAAUAGAAUAUAUUUCAGUAAAUUGCAAUUCGUGUUUUUCGUCCUGCCACCCUUUUAUCGAGCUUCUACAAGAAAUAUGAAUAAAGAAUUGUAUUUUA